AUGGCCACGUGGCAGGCCUUCUCCUACCUUCCCCCGAUCAAUUCUACUAAUUUGACGACUACCACUAGCACCUCCACCACCACAAUCACAACUGACUUUCCGUUUCCGACUCCAGGCAACGAUCUGUGUGCCAACGCGGAUGGCGAUGUGCACGAGGGCGGAAGCGCCUCGCCGAACCACAUCAACUUUUCGUUCGGCGCCGAAAACUCGACGUGUCUGACCGGGGAGUGCAUCCGAUUGGCGGCCAACUACUUGAACAACAUGAACAGAGAUGCGAGUCCGUGCGAAGACUUUUACGAGUUCGCGUGCGGAAAAUACGCGACGAGACGGGUGAUUGCGGAGCACGAGAAGAAGGUUACGGUGCUGAGUGAGAUGAAGAGGGAGCUCGAUCGACAUUUGAAAGGUACGAGGGCCCAAUGUACAGUGUUAGAAAAGAAACCUUCAGAUAUACUCGAGAAGACGCCCCGUGAGAAUGCGACGCGGUCCAUGAAGCUCGCGCAGAUUUACUUUGACUCUUGCAUGGACGAGUUUGCUCAGGACGAUUUGGGAGUCCAACCCCUAAUGUCUCUGAUCUCGAACCUCGGUGGCUGGCCCCUACUAACCAAUGCUCGUUUUGACUCGAUCGAUUUCCAAUGGGAGGUGCUUGCCGGUCAUCUCGCGCUCUAUGGAAUCGACGGAAUCUUCCGGGUCUUUGUGCAUUCCUCGUUCGAUGACAGCAACAAACACGUGCUCAUGGUCACCUAUUCUUCAGUAUUCUUUAAUUGGGACCUUUCAAUUUUCAGUUCUCACCGCCCAAACUGUUCCUGGAGAAGAAGAAGUUCUACCGGGAGGUGCCCUCCUCGAACGUCUACCUUCAGUACUACCGUCAGUACAUUCUGUCGCUUCUGUCUCUUCUCGGAGUCGACAUGGAGGACGAGACGGGAGUGAUCGAGUAUCAGGUCGACGAUAUCAUCGAUUUCGAGAGGCGAAUUGCGAAUCUGACGCGAAUCGAGCUCUCCCGCAACCACAGCUCCAUCAACAACAUGAUCAGUUUCGGCGAUUUCAAGAAAAAGUACGACAAAAUCAACUGGGACGCGUUUUUCAACGAAGAAAUGCGCUCGAACCUCGGCCGCAUGCCCGACUCCCUGCUGAUCAACGUCGUCGACAUCAACUACUUUGACAAUCUCUACUCGCUGAUCAAGUCGAAACCGCUCAGCUCGAUCAACAACUUUCUCAUGUGGUGCCUCGUCUCCAACUACGAUUUCUACCUGCCCGCCAAGUUUCGCAAACCGAUGCUCGAGUUCCGGCAGAAAAUGUACGGAGUGAGUUCGGACGAUCCGCUCUGGGAGGUUUGUGUCGGCGAAGUAAGGGACAAUCUGGCGAUGCCGUUGUCGACCGAGUACGCGCACAAGUUCUUCACGAAGAGGGAAAAGGGAGUGGCCGAGGACAUGAUCAGAGAUUUGAAAAAGGCGAUGGAGCACACGCUGCUCAACGCCGAUUGGAUCGACGAGUCGACGAGAGAAGCCGCGCUCAUGAAGUUGGACGCCAUGGGGCAUAAGAUCGGGUGAGUUGACUUUGAAGCAAUGUUUCGCAGUUGCCUGUGGAGCUAUCAAAAAGUUGUCAACUGACAAAAUGCUCAUUAAUACAUUGCGCACAUUUUAUCUGUUGAAAACUUUUUGAAAUCUCCACCGGCAGAAAAGAUAUAUUGUUUUUAAUGAUCGGUACUAUUCCACUUUCCAGAUUCCCCGACUCUUUACUCAAUGAGACUGCCGUUUUGUUGCCCUACGCGGGCGUCCGAUUGACUGCCAAUCAGUUCUUCGACAAUGCAAUUUCACUCAAAAAAGCUGCCUACAGGUAAUGCGAACUUAUUCAAAACAAUUCAAACAGCGAAGGAUUCAGAGACUCUUUGUCGAAACUUCACCGCACUCCGUCCGUUAUCGAUUGGGCGUCUCCGAUCAUUGCGGUCGACGCGUUCCAUUAUUUCACCGGAAAUGAGAUCAGUGAGUCAUCGGAAAUUUACUCUAAAACAGUGCUCUCUCUUCAGUUUUCCCGGCCGGAAUUCUACAAUUCCCAAUGUUCGUGCCUGACGCGCCGUCUUUCGCCAACUACGGAGCGAUCGGAAUGGGAAUCGGUCACGAGAUCACCCACGGAUACGACGAUCUCGGGGCCCAGUACGACGAGAAGGGCAAUCUGCGUGGCUGGUGGCACACGGAGACGAUGACGACGUUCCAGAAGAAAAAACAGUGCUUCGUGGCGCAAUAUGGCAGUAAGGUCGAGCCGCAUACCGGACGGAAGGUACUGUCUGUGAAGUGGAAAGUAAAAUACUUUUUACUUUUUAGGUCGACGGAAAGAUGACGAUCGGAGAGAACAUUGCCGACAACGGAGGUCUUCGCGUCGCUUUCCAGGCCUAUCAACUUAAAUUGGAUAGAGAAAAAGAGACGAGAAGAUUGCCGGGACUCACGGAAUUCAGUCCCAAUCAACUCUUCUUUCUGGCUUAUGCCAAUGUGAGCACCACUUUUCUAAAGUGUAUAUCUCAGUUGUCUGUAAAGAUAUCAAAAAGUGGUCAACUGAGAAAAUGUGCGCAAUAUUUCAAUAAGCACUUCAUUAGUUGACAACUUUUUGAUAUCUCUACGUACAGUUAAGAUAUAUUGUUUUGAAUAGAAGAGUUCAACAGAGCGCGUUUGCUUCUGAAAACACUUGAGCUUUGCAGACGUGGUGCGAAGCGCUGAAGCCCUCGGCAAUCGACCACAUAAUGGAUACAGACGUGCACUCGCUGGGAAUGUUCCGCGUGAACGUGCCCCUCCAGAACCUUCCGGCCUUCUCGAAAGAGUUUGACUGUCCGAUCGGCUCGCCGAUGAACCCGUUCGAAAAGUGCCGUAUCUGGUAGUUUCUCACUCAGCCACCACAUGACUCGAAGUUCUAUCUACGCACCCUUUAGUCCCCCACACUUUUGAUCUCUUGCUCCCCUCUUUUUUGUUCGUCUUUUUAAACUCAAAAUCACCCAAACUUCGUGAAUCUCGUUUCGGGUCUUAUUUCUUCAGUUCGCAUUGAUUUAUUGAAUAAAAUAUGUAAUCUAUGGUCUGUGAAUCAAUCCCAAUCCACCAAAACAACACAUCGACAGACUGGAUUGGCUUUCCGAGAAAUAGGAACGAUUCUUCUUAUCACUCGAUCACAUUUGCAUUCCUAAUGUCCCGACUACUUAUUUUUUCCAUCCUUUUAUCGGGUAUUCGUCUGGAUUUUCAGUUUUCAGCACUUGUUCUCUCCGAUUUUCAGACAAACUUCGGCGCUGAAUGCCAACGAAAAGCUGGUUGCCUGCUGUGCUCAGGAUCCACAAAUCGAUAAGGGCUGCGCCAGCAAAUAUUGUAACUUUGGACAAAUUACUCAGUUCAUGGUUUGAGACAUUGUGCGGAUUAGAACGAAAAAUGCGUUUUCAGGUGCUUCCAUUCAUUGCCGAGUGUGGCCAAAAGGGAAUACGAUCUCGAGGAUUUGGGAUUGCAUAAGUUCGAAGCAUGAUCACACGGAAUGCUGUACUAACCAAGUAAUCGUAACCUCAAAGCUUAGGGUAACUGACCAAUGGUUUCCCUUAUUUUUAACUAUUUUUCCGUAGUAUAGAGAUGAUUUCCAGAACGUUCUGCCCCUCUGCCGGGCGUUUUGCAACGCCUCGAAAGCGGUGCCGACGGACAUGCUCAAGUACGGACUGUGCACUUCCGAGUUCGACAAGUACCGCCUCUGCUUCCGCACCCAUCUGAAGCAUCACGAAGCGAUCCGUCAUUGA